AUGAGUGACGAGGAGCUAUCGGGCAAGGGAAAGGCAGGCUUGCGGGGGCCCAUCGGGCACUCGGGUCGGUCCUCCCUUCCUGAGGCGGACUCCUGGCCUGCGCCACCCGCCCUGGGGAAGCCCGGGCGACAGCCUGGCCCGGCCCGCGCCAGCCAAGCCCUAAUGCUUCUCCCGCAUGCCGCGGCGUUGCCCGUCCUGCUCCCGGCUGGAGGCCGCAGGGCGGAGGAGCGCCGCCCGGCUGCUGAUACCCUUGCUGUGAGGCAGAAGAGAAGGAUCUAUGAUAUCACCAACGUUUUGGAGGGGAUUGACCUCAUUGAGAAGAAGUCAAAAAACAGCAUUCAGUGGAAAGGAGUAGGUGCUGGCUGCAAUACAAAAGAAGUCAUAGACAGGCUGAGGUAUCUGGAAGCUGAAAUUGAAGAUCUAGAGCUAAAAGAAAAAGAAUUGGAUCAGCAGAAACUGUGGCUUCAGCAGAGUAUCAAGAAUGUCAUGGAUGAUUCUACAAACCACCAGUUUUCAUAUGUCACCCAUGAAGAUAUCUGCAACUGCUUCAAUGGAGACACACUUCUAGCAAUUCAAGCACCUUGUGGUACACAGUUAGAAGUACCUAUACCCGAAAUGGGACAGAAUGGGCAGAAGAAGUACCAGAUCAAUCUUAAAAGUAGUUCAGGACCUAUCCAUGUGCUGCUUAUAAAUAAAGAGUCGAGCUCCUCCAAGCCCAUGGUGUUUCCAGUUCCUCCGCCCGAUGACCUUGCACAGCCCCCAUCUCAACCGGCAGCUCCAGCAACUCCCCUUAAACCUGCUACAGCUCCUCAAAAUCCACCAGAACAACAAGGUCCUAACCAAGGACGAGAGUUACCGCAAACAUCAGCUGCGGACACGCCAUCAGACGGCAGUGUGCAGCAGAACAGUACAGCCCCAGCAGCGACUUACUCCAGCCUUCCAGAGUCGGUGUUGUACCCCAGCCUUUCAGGAGAUGUCGCCCAAGCUACCGCUAGCUCAAAUGACUACCAGGGCUUGCUGCCCCUGGAUGUCAACUGUAUUCUCAAGCCAAACUCAUUCGACAUGGCAAAGAUGGAAGAACCCGCAGGAAAUAUCAGUGGGGAUAUUAUUGAUGAACUCAUGUCUUCUGAUGUUUUUCCUCUCUUACGACUCUCUCCUACUCCCGGAGAUGACUACAACUUUAACCUGGAUGAUAAUGAAGGAGUCUGUGAUCUCUUUGAUGUGCAGAUACUAAAUUAUUAGAUAUUGUGUCAACCAGACUACUUAUCUACCUCUAACUAUAACAUUCUAGACUUCUUCAUAACCUAAGUAUUUGAAUAAUGAAUGUAUAACUUCUUAGUUCACUGACUCUGGGAGUAUAUUUCCUUUUGCUUCCUUUAACUACUUCACAAAACAAAUUCAACAACCAGAAAAAAGGGCUUUUUAUCAAAAAUUCUGGCACGUUUUUUCACGAGUGUCCUCUGUGUAAUCCAAUUAUUUGGAGUUUUCUUUAGUAAGAAAAGUGAAAAUGCUUUAUAGCCUUUUGAUCAUUUUUUUAAAAAUGAUUAGGCUUCUUGCUCACAGUUAACAGCAUUUUCUUUGAAGCUUUACUGCCCAGAAGCUUUCUACAUUUUUUUUUUACCCUUUCAAUCAAUUUUGAAGCUUUCACUGCCAAGCUGAAAAGUGAAGGAUAUCAACUUCAGUUAUACUAAAUUGUUUCAGUGAACCAAUUUUGUGAAGUGCCUUCUGUUUUAGCACUUUAAGUUUCUCACACUGACUUCUGACAUUCCACUUUCCUAGAUGAUAGGAAAGGUCUGUUUGUAGUUUGUAUUAAAGUGUGCCAAUGCUUGUAUAUUAACAAGAUUUUUUUUUAAUAAAAUUGUACAAACAAA